CCAUACAGUAGAGAAUUAACCUCGUUCCCUGUCUGUUUCUUUUAGGAAAUUGUCUUAGUGGUGUUCUUUGGAACAGAGUAUGUGGUUCGGUUAUGGUCAGCAGGAUGCCGCAGUAAAUAUGUUGGGAUAUGGGGAAGGCUUCGUUUUGCUAGGAAGCCUAUUUCAAUCAUUGAUUUAAUUGUAGUUGUUGCUUCCAUGAUAGUUCUUUGUGUGGGCUCUAAAGGUCAAGUCUUUGCAACCUCAGCUAUCAGGGGCAUCCGAUUUCUGCAGAUUUUACGAAUGCUGCAUGUCGACCGUCAGGGAGGUACCUGGAGGCUGCUGGGAUCAGUAGUGUUCAUACACAGACAGGAACUGAUAACUACACUCUACAUUGGAUUUCUGGGCCUGAUUUUUUCCUCUUAUUUUGUGUACCUGGCUGAAAAAGAUGCUGUAAAUGAUUCUGGAGAAACAGAGUUUGGCAGCUAUGCAGAUGCCCUGUGGUGGGGAGUAGUGACUGUUACAACUAUUGGCUAUGGUGAUAAAGUGCCUCAGACCUGGAUAGGAAAGACAAUUGCAUCUUGUUUUUCAGUAUUUGCAAUUUCAUUUUUUGCACUGCCUGCGGGAAUUCUUGGUUCAGGCUUUGCCCUGAAGGUGCAACAGAAACAAAGACAGAAACAUUUCAACCGUCAGAUUCCAGCUGCUGCCUCUCUCAUACAGACUGCGUGGAGAUGUUAUGCAGCAGAAAACCCAGACUCUUCUACAUGGAAAAUAUACAUUCGAAAACCUGCCAGAAAUUAUCACUUGCUGUCACCCAGUCCAAAGCCGAAGAAAUCUGUGAUG